GGAUGUGAAAGCUUUCUGUGGUGACAGAUUUGUGAAUCAUCAGAGGGUUUGGUCGUAGUAUUUCAGUGAAGGGAGAGAAAGGGGAGAUACUUGGCAUUAAGGUGUCCUGCCGUGAAGAUGCUGCCAUUUCUCCUUCUUCUGCUAACAUCCCUAAAAGGUGGAGAUGCCCAAAGUGUGCUCGGCCUGAGUAAAGACGGCUCCUGUCAUUGUGAGGUGAACUCCACCAUGUGGUCCUUCCCGGUGCUAAAGUACGAAGCUGUGCUGCUGCAGGUUAAAACCUGUGAGGGAUCUCUGAGCAGUCUGCAGGAACAGGUGUUGCUCUCCACCACUCGUCUUCCUCAGAUUCAGGCUCAAGUUGAAAAUGUGACAGCCCGUCUUCAGCCCUUUCAGUACCUUCGCCACCAGGGCCUGUACACCGCACUGUCUCUGCGCCUGCUGGGUCAAGAACUCAGCCAGCUAGAGAUCGGACUCAGUGCAGUCCACACCCAGCUGAACAACACGCAGACUCAGAAACUUUCCACAGAGGUGGGUAAACUGCGUAAAGAUGUAGAAAAGAUGCAAGUCUCAGACACUAUUAAUCUAAAGACCGUGAAAGAAAAUCUCCGCUACCUGAAGAACAGCGUGGAGUCCUGCAAGACAAUUCCCAAAGACUUUAAAGGCCAGCACAGGUACUGCAUGAAGGGUCUAAUUACCAACAUCAGUGAACCUGUCACAACCAGUACCAGUCCCUAUGGUAAGAGCUACAUCUCUGGAUCAUGGGGCAGACAGGCAAAGAUGGACGCAGAGGGAGAGAAGGACAGCUACUGGGUUCAAACUCUGCUCAACAGCCACGUCUAUGGUAACACCCUCCGUGUUUACCAAACCUAUGAAGACUUCAUGGCAUCUGUCAACCAUAAGGACUACACCCUUGCCCCAUCCUACAAUCAUGCUGAUGCCGUCGAGGGUCCAAGCGGUGUCCUGUACGGUGAAGCUCUGUACUAUCACUGCUACGGCUCUGCCGACGUCUGCCGCUAUGACCUGAAGACCAAGUCUGUCAAGCGGGCGACCCUUCCAGGUACUGGUGUUGGGAUCAAAAACAAGUUUCCAUAUUGUUACUAUGACUGCCGCCCGCAUAGCGAUGUGGAUGUGGAGGCCGAUGAAACCGGGCUGUGGGUGAUCUACACCACUCUCAGCAACCAUGGUAAUCUGGUAGUGAGCAGGUUAGUUUGGGAUGGCGAAGCUCAGACCCUCACCGUGACACAGACCUGGGAGACGAGGCUUUUCAAGAAGGCGGUAAGCAAUGCUUUCAUGGUGUGUGGUGUGAUGUACGCCACUCGCUAUGUGAACGAUUACAGAGAGGAAGUAUUCUACGCGUUUGACACAGCUACUGGUAAAGAGGACAACUCUCUUGCUCUGCCCCUGGAGAAGGUAGCCAAAGGAGUGGCUAGUCUUGGCUACAACCCCAUCAAACGGCAGAUCUACAUGUACAAUGAUGGAUAUCUUCUGGCCUAUCAAACCUACUUUUGAUUUCAUUGAAUCAUUUUAUUUUUGAGCUAAACUGAUUCAAUACAACACAAAUAUUACUCAAAAACGAUGCUUAAUGAGCAAAAGUGUUGGCUAAACAACAACAAUGGCCAAUCAAAGAUGUUAGCAAGUGUUGACUUAUCAUCAAUGUUGGCUUUGCCAUUUCAAAAACGUUGUAUAAUUAAUGAUGGUCGAUCUGUAAUGUGUAAUGUUUGUUAAUCCUGCAAUACUAUCUGAAUAAAGAUGUUAUCUAGCAAAUUUUUACCAAACAAUAUUGUCAGAGUUUAUAUAAAUAAAGGAUAAGUCUUG